AUGAAUUUCGACCACAGCUUUCUAUCGCAGGACGAUACGACAGAGGUUUCACCAAUGAUCAACCAACAAAGGACGUUUUUAGCCGACCUGGAUCACAAUAUUAUCAGCUCGCAGUUUGUGACACCUAACCCCAACACCAACGCCAGCGCAUUUGCCAAUAACGACUUCAGUUUUAAUGAACAAUCCAAUCGUUUUACAGCAUAUGACUUUUUUGAUCUUUUGGAUUUUGAUUCCAACCGAGACCCAUGUUUAGAGACACCAAAAGCUACAAUAAACGCUACGUUUAAUAAACCUCUAGGUGGUUCGAAUUUUUCAAACAAUGCAACACCGGCAACAAUACCCACUAAUACAUUUGCGCCUUUCUAUCCAACAAAUGAGAACCAUUCUCAUUCAAAUGUCACAAUUCAAACGCAAGCAUCGCCAGUUGUUUCAAACAUUAUGAGCUCCCAGAAUUUCAGCACUACGGACUAUCCUACUGAGCCAAUGUUGAAUACACCGAAUUCUCUGAUGGGUGUGAAAAGUUCGCCCCAGCAAUUUACCCCUCCAUCACACGCACCACCUCAAAUCACGCCACAAUCUAAACUAGGGCCAAUUGGUCUUGGUUUGAAUUCUGAUUUGAUAUACGCUACUCCUUGUCAACCACCACCACCACAAAGGCAACUGUUUCAAAAUAUACAAAGACAAUCUCCAUCGCAGUUGAAUUUUCACGUGCAACCACCUUUGCAGCUGCAACCUCAGACGAACAAUAUUUCACCAUAUGAGCAAGCAAAUGCUAUGUUUCAACAACAGUUGCAACAAAAUGAAUAUGCCCAACUACAAAAUGAUCUUGCUUCAACUCGAAAAUUUAGAUCCGAACUGAGUCUUAAUUUGCAAGCUUUGAUAAAAGAAGAAAAAGAGAAGCAGGAUAGAGUACAUGCUUUCCAGGCGGAGGUACCCAAACAACGAAUAGCUAAGCAUAGAAGGUCAUCUGCUAAAACAACUGACAUUAAGGAGGAGAGUGGUAAACUUGAGGCAUCGUUGACAGGAAACGGGACAACAGAUAAUUCCCACUCAUUGCCAUGUCAAAAUCUCCAAUCGCUAACUACAAGCGAUGAUAUAGAUUCACCGACUACGAUAGAGGUAACGAGCCCACAGUCUUCAAUUGAUGACUUGUUGAAUAAUUCCAACACCAAUGCGGUUCUUGAUAGCAAUAAUAUCACUGCUGAGGAAGUGCUCAAUGAUGAUCAUUUCAAGGACUUAGUGACACCGCGUUUGGAGACGAGAGAGGCAUUUGACGACACUGUUGAUUUUGGGCACAAUGUUGACGUCAAUUUCAAUGAUUUCGAACACAAUUUGAGCAAUGUUUUGCCUACAACUGGAAGUGCAGACUUGUCGAAACCGAAACUGAAACCGGAAUCGAGAAGUACUAGUGUGAAUUCCACCCCUAAAAAGAAAAAACCGCCAGCAUCAGGCAGCAAGGCAAACAACAAAAAAGUGUUGAAAAAAUCAUCGUCAUUCAGCGAUUCACUGUCGGUAUUAUCUUUUCCGAAAUUUCAAAAAGCAAAGACUCAAUUAAAGACGUUUCCUGCGUCGCAAGGUGGUGCUAGUAUGGGGAUAUUUGCGGUAGAGAAUACCGGAUCAUUGGCAUCGCCACAAAAGCGUUCUGUUUCUGCUAGUCGUGUUGAUAUGGCCAGCUCAAUGCCAAUUUUCACAAUGGGUAGUCAUUAUUCAUUUAUUUAUGAGCUUACUGAAGAAAACAAGUCACAGGAUGGCAGUGGGUCUACUGCUGCUUCUCGAGAUGGUGCUAGUGUUUCCAAUCAAGGUACUACAGGUAGUCGUGGUGCUAAUCAUCGAAGAAGCUUAUCGGGUCGAAGGUUGAGUAAUUUUCAAGAACCGAAAUUUAAUCCCAAUUCGCAAUCGAAAACGUUUGAGUUUCAGGUUGACUUGAAAAAGUAG